UUUGUAGCUCCUGAAAUGGGUGGGAAUAAAAGAUUCUUUGUUCUUUCCUUCAGGACACAUUCCUGGCAGCCAGGACCCAUCAUGUCCGACAAACCAGAUUUUGCAGAAAUUGAAACAUUUGACAAGACCAAGCUGAAAAAAACGGAAACCAGAGAAAAGAAUCCAUUGCCCACUAAAGAAACAAUCGAACAGGAAAAGCAAAGUGAAAGUACUUCCUGAGCAUAAAACUGAAGAUGCAAUGGCGGCUUCGUCAGUGGGCUUUUGGCUUCCAAGUUGGGGUUCCACCCCUUUUCCUUACUCCGUGUUUGUUGUCCAUUUAAUUUAACAAGCAUUUGUUCAUCUUGUUUUCUAGGAAAAUUUGUUUUGCACUGAUUCAACAAGGAAUUUUGUAUUUGUAUUCUUAAAACUGUAAUUCAAAGUUCUGUAUCAACCCUACUACUUGCC